AUGAGAUUCACUGAAGCCCUUGUCUUGGCCGGGGCUGCGCAGACGGCCGCACUCAACGUUGGCCCAGACUACCAGUACCCAAUUGAAGAUUUGGAUAAAGACCUCCCUUUCUCACAGCCUGUUACGUUUGCCCAUUUAGAAUGGCAGAGAUGUCUGGCUGAAUCUCAUAACAAGCCUCUUGAUGUUGCGAUCUUGGGUUUUCCUUACGAUACGUCGACGUCAUACCGCCCCGGAGCUCGCUUCGGGCCUAGAGGUAUCCGCGCAGGAUCAUCUAGAGAAAAGAAGGGUCGCAGCUACAACACUGUCUGGGGUGUCGACCCAUACGAAGAGGGCCUGGAGAUUAUCGACUGUGGCGAUGUACCCAUCACCCCUUUCGACGCCCAGCAUGCGUUCAAGCAGAUGGAGCAAGCGUAUCGUCAGAUUCUCUACCACCCCACAUCGGACAACAAUCAAUGGGAACACCCAAGAAUCAUUAGUCUCGGUGGCGAUCACUCCAUCGUACUGCCCAUUCUUCGUAGCCUGAAGACUGUGUACGGCCCAGUUUCUGUUAUUCACCUUGACUCUCAUCUUGAUACUUGGGACCCUUACGAGGGAUAUACCGGUAUCGUGUCUAAUCAAUCCGCAAUCACUCACGGUACCUUCUUCUGGCACGCCAGUCGCGAGGGUUGUGUGAGGAAGGGCACUAGCGUUCAUGGUGGCCUGAGGACUAAGCUCUUCGGACCGAAAGAUUACGAGAUCGACAGAGACGUCGUCGGCUUCACCAUCAUUGAAGCUCACGAGAUCGACGAUAUCGGAAUGAAUGGCAUCAUCGAGAAGGUUAAGAAGGCUGUUGGCGACACGCCUGUCUAUCUGUCUAUCGACAUUGACGUCCUGGAUCCCAGUAUUGCUCCGGCAACGGGCACCCCAGAGUCAGGAGGCUGGACUACCCGUGAGCUGAAGAGGUUCUUGAAGGGGCUCGAAGGCUUGAACAUGGUUGGCGCUGACGUCGUGGAAGUCAGCCCACCUUAUGAUACUGUUGCCGAGACGACCUCAGUCGCUGCGGCAGAUCUUAUUGUGGAUAUCUUAGCCGGCAUGACCAAGAAGAAGGCCUUCAAGCCAGCACCUGAAGUCAAAGAUGAGCUUUGA